AUGGGCUUCCACUAUGGCGCGACUUUGGGCAACAGCAACAACGGCGAUAACCUCGCCCGGGAGACUCGAAGCGUUCCAAGCACCUUUGCUGACCGAGAUAUCAGUAACGUUCCAGUGAUUGGAGGCCUUGAUGAGCACUACCUUGACGGUGAAGGAUUAAAUGUUAAGCAUGACAUUUCUCCGAGGGAGAGUACAAGUCGCAGCCAAAGUCUACCUUCGAGCAACGCCGCCGUCGGAAUCUUACAAAUAUCGAAGUUCGUUCACUACGUGACACUCAAUCAAGUCUUACACUCCUUGUAUGGACCUCACGCCACCGCAGCCAAAGUUCGCAGGACUGGUACAUCUGUCAUUGUGAACGCACUACUCUCACCACCUGCUGAAAGCUAUGAUUACGUCGGAGGCACAUACACACUAGAUCUGGACUGGGCUAUGGACAUCAUCGGCAACAGCGAGUUCGAGGACAGUCCACUGGGUCGCAAGAUCCUGCGCUUGCAGUCACCACUACGUCAGCAGAUCAUGUCUGGCGUUAGUCUCCCGCAGACUCCAGAGCAUUGCAGGGUGCACGUUGAUGGGUUUGCCGUCAAAAAUUGUUCACAGCUUUCCGGCAGAGCUGUUCAAGGACCUUCAUCAAUAGGGUUUGCCUUCUAUCUAAUCUGGAGCAAUUCGAGGGUACGAAGGAGCAACGGUGGAGAUGGAUAG